AUGGCGACAGGCGGAGCACUGGGGUCCUUGCCGGCGGAGACGUUCCUGUUCCAAGCGCUGCUCAAGCUGCAGGACGAGUUCCACGUGCCGGUGGAAGAGAUUCAGAACUCCAUCCAGUCCAGCUACUCCAUGCUCGCCGAGUUCAACAAGGUUAACGCUUACUACUACUACGACUGUCUCCUCCACUCGUUUUUCCGCGCUGGAACUUACCUCCGCCUUGGUCGUGGUACGCAGAUGCGGGGUACGGGGGACAUGUGCACGGGCUGCGGAAACAUGCACCCCGAAGCCGAGCCGCUCACCUUUGAGGCGAUGCAGAACUGGGAGGCGCCGGGGUUUCCCUGGGCAGACAAAGUCGACCACGUACUCAAAACAGUGUUCAAUCACGAGCAGUUCAGGCCCAACCAAAGGAAGGUGAUCAACUGCGUGCUCUCUGGCCGCGAUGCCUUCGUCAUCAUGCCCACCGGCGCCGGCAAGUCCCUCCUCUACCAGCUGCCGGGCGUGAUCUCGAACGGGUUCACGCUGGUCAUCUCGCCGCUCCUCUCGCUCAUCCAAGACCAGGUGAGCGCCCUGCGCAAGAAAGGCGUGGUUGCUGUUGAGCUGAGCUCCUCCCGCACCCCGAAGGAAGUCUCGCAGAUGCUGAAGAAACGACAUUGGUAUACCAAUGCAGCCUUGGCCAAGGACACGAAUGUCAAGUUCCUGUUCGUCACCCCGGAGCGCGUGGUGAAGAGCACCCGUUUCUUCGCCUUCCUCCGUCAACAGGUCGAUCAGGCGCGGCUCGCGCGGGUGGUGAUUGACGAGUGCCACUGCAUCUCCCAAUGGGGCUACGAUUUCCGGCCAGACUUUAAGCAACUGCUGGUGCUGCGGAAGGAGUUCCCGAAUGUGCCCAUCCUGGCGCUCACGUCAAGCGCCACCAACCGGUGCAAGGUGGACACCAUGCGCCAGCUGGGCCUCGAGGAGUGCGACUUCUUCACCCAGAGCUUCAAUCGUCCCAACCUCCGGUACGCUGUGGAAAACAAGACCAAGAAGACGACCAAGAAGAUCAUCCAGUUCAUCAAGAAGAAGCACAACAGCGAAAGCGGCAUCAUCUACUGCCUGUCAAAGAAGGAGUGCGAGGCCAUGGCGCGCAAGCUGCAGGCUGCCAAGAUCCAGGCCAACUUCUACCACGCCGGCCUCAGCCCCGCCAAGCGCGAGAAAGUGCAACGGAAGUGGAUGGCCGGAGAGUUUGCGGUGAUGGUGGCGACGAUCGCGUUCGGUCUCGGCAUCGACAAGGCCGACGUGCGUUUCGUCAUCCACCACUCGCUGCCGCGCACCAUCGAGGACUUCUACCAGGAGUCCGGCAGGGCCGGUCGCGACGGACUCAAUGCCGAUUGCGUGGUGUUCUAUAGGCACAGUGAUCGGCCGCGGCACACGUUCAUGCAGCUGUCGUCAUGCAAGAACGCCUUCCAGGCGCGCACCAAGCUGGAGAAGAUGAGACAGCUCACGGCCUGGUGCGAGGACCACACGCGCUGUCGGCGUGAGCUGCUGCUGGAGUACUUUGGCGAGGCCUUCACGGGCGGCGCCUGCUGCAACGGCAUGUGCGACAAUUGUCUUUUCGGCGCCCGGGCGGUGGCGCUCGACUGGUGUCGGCAGGCACAGGCCGUGGUGCGUAUCGUGGGCUCGCUGGGCGACAAGGCGACGAUGGCCAACGUCGUGAGCGUGGUGCGCGGCUGCACGACACCGACCGUCAAGGCCAACGGGUGGCACUCGCUCCCCGACUUCGGCGCUGAUACGAGCGCAAGCGAGCUGGCAUGCCGGCGGCUGGUGCAGUGGAUGACGCUCAACAACUUCUUGCUCUGGUGGUACCGCUCCCUCAACAACGCGCAUUAA